AUGCCGCCGUCUCAGGAACAAUUAUUGGCGAUCUCCGUCACGGAGCGCGUUUGCUCGACCGUCUCGCUGGUUGGCACAUUCGUGAUUGUCGCGACUUUCAUCGGGUCGCGCUCGUUUCGAAAGCCGAUUAAUCGUCUUGUGUUUUAUGCUUCUUGGGGCAAUAUCAUGGCUAAUAUAGCCACGUUGAUUUCGCAGUCGGGGAUCCAUGCUGGCGUGGGGAGUCCGCUGUGUCAGUUUCAGGCUUUUUUGAUUCAAUGGUUCAUGCCAGCAGAUGCCCUGUGGACAUUCGCAAUGGCCUGCAACGUCUACUUAACCUUCUUCCACACGUACAACGCUGACCAAUUGCGCCGGCUGGAAUGGAAGUAUGUAGUCGGCUGUUACGGUUUACCAUUUAUCCCGGCUUUUGUGUACUUUUUCAUCCACACGCCGGCACGUGGUCGAGUAUAUGGUUCAGCAAUUCUAUGGUGCUGGGUGUCCCUAAAAUGGGACUUCCUCCGAAUCGCCCUCUUCUACGGCCCCGUCUGGUUCGUCAUCUCCCUCACAUUCGCCAUCUACCUCCGCGCCGGCUCAUCCAUAUACCAAAAACGACGAGAACUCCGAGCUCUGAGCGGCCUCGAGACCCUCGAUACGGAAUUAGCCAUAGCCCGCGACUUGCCUCACGUCCGUCUCGCCGGGAUUCAGGUAACCAGUGAAAUUGCCUGCUCUACGCCACAACGCUGUUCUGUAGCCGUUCCAGACGUCGAUGUUGAUAUCGAUGUCCCGAGACCCGCGCGGAGUUUCUCGUCCUCGAACAUUUCCCCGUACUCUGUUACUAUUGAGGGUGGCAUGAUUGAUCCGAUUACUAUGUAUCAGAAUUCGGAAGAGCAACUCUCGUCUAUUCACGCCUCGGGCUCGAGGAAAAAUUCUAGUUUACUUCACUCGGAGAUGUCCAUGUCCAUGUCGCUGAGAACGUGUCGGUCUGACGGUGUGGAGACGUAUGAGACGUACUCACAGCGACGCGGGAUGAAGAGGGAGGCGACCUCGGCUGUGUGGGCUUAUACCAAGUAUGCGAUGCUGUUUUUUAUUGCGCUGCUUGUGACGUGGGUUCCCUCCACGGUUAAUAGAGUAUACGCCUUUGCUCGACCUAACGAAUUCUCUUUUGGGUUAAAUUACACAUCAAGUUUUGUACUGCCGUUGCAGGGGUUUUGGAAUAGUUUGAUUUACGUGUCGAUUUCUUGGCCGGCGUUUAGGACGCUUUGGAGGGAUAUGCGAUUCAGGCCGCGGGGUUUACAAAAGUUGAACUCGUAA